AUGCUGCUGCGGCCGAACCCAGGCAGGGUCCGCGCCGUGAUGCGCGCUGCUGGUCAGGCGAAGUCUCGUCCUCGCCCCAUCAGCGCCAUUGCACCUUCACCGCUUCAGCCUCGCUCGUUCCACUCUAUCCGUGUGGCGAACCGUUUGGCGAACUUCCGAGCAUCCUCGACGAGAAGCAUCCAUUCUACUGCCACCGCGGCUCGCAGCGCAACCUUUACUGCGCUGCUCAAACAGCUCCUGUCUCGAGCUACACGGGCGGUCCGCAUCAGUCUCGCCAAGCAGAUUCAGCCGAACCGCAUCAACUUCCGCACUCUUCUCUCUAGUCUGCGAUCGCCUCAUCUGUCGUACCGUGUGCGAUCGCCGCUGCUCAAAGGUGCGAUCAACGCCUUUCGGUCCACUGCAAAGCGCACGUCUGCGCAAUCAACACGCACCGCCUACUCGCAACUCAACGCUACCUCCGUCAGCUUCGCUCGAGGAACGCUCAGCGGCAUCGGGGCUAGACCAGCAGCUGGAUCUCUGGCCAUCUCGCCGCUUAGAGGCGGUGUGGGAUUGCAAACAGCUAGGAAGUUCUCGAGCGGUGGGGCGAGGGUGUUCGACAACCUGAUCGUCAAUGCUCCGCUGGCAUUGAGGCUGGCCGGCGAUGAGGUGGAGGAUAAGGUCAAGAUGGCGAGGAAGCAGCCCAUCGGUAGCGCAAGGAGGACGGCGUCUGCUUCCAAAACGAUCGGCGCAAGACGCACCGCAGGAACGUUCUCCGGCGAUAAGCUCGCCAAGAAGGCCUUGCUGUUCGCUACCAAAGCCAAACACACUGUGGAGCAGACCAACACUACCAGUCUCAGCUGCAGCUCCGUCACCACCACCAGCGAUAGCGAAACCCCCGCCCAGCUCGACCUCUACUUCCAAUUCCCACAACUCGACCUUCCCACCACCAUCACCUCAACCACCACCCUUGUCACCAUCCGACUCAUCGAUCCGCUCUUUCUCGCUCUAGGUGGACGUCAUCCUUCCGCACCCACCAACUCUUCCAAUCCACGAUUGUUCGAUUCAGCUUUCCUGCACGAUGCGACCACAGCGCUGGAGUACGAACAUCGUCGGUACCUCAAGGCGAAAGCGGUGCUGAAGGUGUUGUGGGAUGCGGGCUUGGUGAAGGACGUUGAUAUGGAGGGGGAGGAGGGGACGUGGACGGUGAUGGUUAGAGGGAAAAGGCGGGAUGUGGAGGAAGUGGUGAGGAGUCGGGUUGACUUUGGGAUUGACGGGUGGUGUGUGUUUGAAGAAGAGAGUAGGGAGAGGACGGGAGGCUUGGACCUGUCGUACGUUCACGAAGACCUGGAAGGAUCGUCGCAGUUCGAUCGCGUCACAACGCCUACUCUCUCCAGUACGGAGCAAGUAGUUGCGCUGCAGCACAGCGUCUCAUCCGACGAGCUGAUCUCGCUACCCUCACUCGUAUCAGACUCGCACGAUUCCCUACUCUACGACUCACGUUCCCAGCUCUAA